UAUUAUAAUUGUAUUAAAAAAGCAUCUCAUCUAAAGUUUUUUAUCCGUGCACUGGAAUACAGUGUAUGGCUGAUAAUAAUAUUAACGAGUGUUUUUUUUUUUUAUCGAAUUACAGUUCAACGAUUCGAAUUUGAUAUCAUUUCAUAUGCAAGUCACGACGUUCAACUGGGAUCGGCAAUCGUUCGUAUCAUUCGACGUGAAUUGCACCUUUGUACGUACCGGGGCCACCAGCGAGGAGAAUCGCGGCGGAAAGUCUAUCCUUAUCGUCGGUGUGCGAUUGUCAAGCGAUCGCGGACCGAGCGCGCGCGCGCGCGCGCGCGCGAGAUAACGCGGGUCGCGCACCUGACAAGCGCUGCCGAGCGACCAAUGCGAGCGCGCGUCUGCCGGCGGCCAUCUUGCGGCGCGGCCUCGCUUUCGCGUCGGAGUCGCGUGGCUCGCUCGCCGCGCGGCCCUCUCAGUCAUCUCAGUGUACGCUGACUGUCUGUCGACCGCGGCCGACCGAACGUUCGGGGGGGACGGUUUUCAUCGCGGUCGAGUCUCCCGUCUGUCAAUUCACAACUGAGAGAGAAACGGGAAGAAAGAGAGAGAGAGACAGAGAGCGAUUCGAAAAUUGAUCGCGAGCGAUGUGACGCUCGAUCGUGCGAUUUCGAGAUUUUCGAACGCGCGUUUACUAUCGGCGAUAGUUUAGUGUGUGACGUCAGUGUGAUCUAAGCCACGGUUUAUAUUUCGCGCGCAGCGAAGAUAUCAACCUCGUAGAUCGUGACUCGUGUGCGCGGCUCGUCAUCGACAUCGGGACGUCAAAUCGACGCGGGCCGUUUUGCCUCGACGGAGGGAGGAUGACGAGUUAGUCCUGGAUUACUGCGUUUCGGCGGCGAAGCGGCAUCGCGAUUGCGGCCCGACCAUCAGGUUCGGUCGAGAGACGCACGACAGCCGAUCGAUCGUCCUGUCAAUACGGCGAUUGCCAAUGCCGACGACGUGAGCCCCGGGUGACGAAAGUCGCUUCCUCGAAACUCUCGCCCGAGAAACAGAGAUGACUCUACUUUGAUUUAUCAAGCAUGACAUCUACAAUGGGAUUGCAGCAGCAGGCUGCAUCCCAAGACACAGUGGAUUUUGCCGGUUACUUGCAAUCUACACAAUGCCAUCAGACGGAAGGACAGGUGCAGGGUUGUCAAAAAUCACCGCAUCGGGAGCACAACAACAGCUUUACCAGCACGAAAGGCUUGCUCAAUGGACCUGGUCAGAACAAUUGCUUCCUCAACAGCGCCGUACAGGUCUUAUGGCAUCUCGACAUUUUUCGACGAAGCUUUAGAGAGCUCUCCGGACAUGCAUGCAUGCGAGAAUCUUGCAUUUUCUGCGCACUUAAGGACCUGUUCUCGCAGCUGCAGUUUUCGCAAGAGAGCGCUCUGCCGCCCGACACAUUGCGCCGUGCGUUGGCCGAGAGCUUUCUCGAUCAGCAGAGGUUUCAACUCGGUUUUAUGGACGACGCGGCAGAAUGUUUCGAAAAUAUUCUCUUACGUAUACAUCUUCACAUUGCAAGCGGCGAGGCUGAAGAUAUGUGCAGCGCAAGGCAUUGUGUACCACAUCAGAAAUUUGCCAUGACGCUCGUCGAGCAAAGCGUCUGUGGAGCUUGCGGUGCAACUUCGGAACCACUGCCUUUUACACAGAUGGUUCAUUACGUGUCUGCCUCAGCCUUGACGUCUCAGGCUCAUCAAACGCCAUUAAAUUCUAGAAAUAAUCCGGAUCUCUUCGGACAGCUUCUCCGAAGAGCUGGCGGAAUGGGUGACAUCCGUGACUGUCCGAGUUCUUGCGGUGCGAAAAUUCAAAUAUGUCGGACCUUGAUGAAUCGGCCGGAAAUAGUUUCCGUCGGCGUCGUCUGGGACAGCGAACGACCGUCGUUGGAGCAUAUCAUGGACGUUUUUGCGACUGUGGGCACGUCCCUUCGGCUUAGUGAUGUCUUCCACAGCGUGAUAGACUCUCGAUGGGGUGCCAAUACCGUGCAUAAUCUUGUAGGCGUGGUUACUUAUUACGGAAAACAUUAUUCUACAUUCUUCUUCCAUACGAAGUUGAAGGUGUGGAUCUAUUUUGACGACGCCACUGUCAAGGAAAUUGGACCUCGAUGGGAGCAAGUCGUGGAAAAGUGCAGAAGAGGUCGUUAUCAGCCUUUGCUACUGCUAUACGCAACGCCUGCCGGUACACCUGUUAAUACCGAGAAUGCUCCAAAGACUAUUAUCCCUUUUCCGAAUAAUAAUGGCCUAAAGACAUCCCCAAAGAACAGCGUGCGCCGUUCGAUUACACCUAGUCCUGAAAAGCCAUCCAUCAAUAACACUGCCAGACGUGCCAUUACACCUAAUCCUGAUAGUCCACCGCACAUGUACACUCAACGAAGCGUUUACAGUGAUUAUCAGAAUCUCACAGACAUCCAGAAUAAUAUAUUCAGCAAUCGGGGCGUAGACGCGGUUGAUGGUGAAAUAGAAUCGAAGUAUAUUAGCCGUCGCGCCGUGGAGAACGUAAUGCAACAACAGAAAAAACAGCAGAUGCAAUUGACACGUAGUUUAAGCGUCGGAUCGGCGCCGCAAGAUGGUAUCAACAUUCCUGACCAUAUGAACGUGCCGCGAAGACGAGAUUCUGGUAACUGGUCCGGAGAUCGAAACAGCGCGUCGUCGAGUUCAUCGACUACAAUGGACAAUACGUAUUUGUAUAUUGUUAAUAAAAUGCAGAGAAAUUCGGGCGUACCUAAAAGCCCCAUUAGCAAAUCCGGGGAACUCUCGAGCAGCAGCAGCGGCCAUUACGACGCUGGUUACGACUCGUAUUCUUUGUCUUCCACGGAUAGUCUUCCACUUCAGCAAGGUUUAAAGCACAAUUUGCAGCUUGCUCAAAUACCGGAAGGUUACCAGCCUUCUUCCGGUGACGAUUGCGAACGAUUAUGCAAAGAAACGGACGCGCUAUUGGACAAAUCUCGUGCCGCCGAAGAUGCUGGCGAUCUUAACACGGCUGUCGCAUUGUGCAGUGCCGCCAGCAAUAAAGCUAGAGCAGCGAUGGACGCUCCGUAUAAUAAUCCACACACAAUCACGAUAGCAAGAAUGAAACACAAUACUUGCGUUAUGAGAACGAGGAGUUUACACAGGAGAAUGUUGCAAGAACAAAUUGCUGUUAACGGUGACAAAGAAGAUGGGGCGCCUGAAGGAAGGCACUCGCGAGAGAACAGCAAAUCGAGCCAACACUCGAGGCAAAGUUCGCGAGAUAAAGGUAAUCAUUCUCGGCAAAAUAGUCGAGAACUUCUUGUAAACGCAUCAACGGCAGUGGUAGAUAAACCUGCCACGAAGAGUAUUGAGAUUUACGCUACUUUACCGAAGAAGAAGACUCUACGUAGUAAAGCGACAGCGGUGAAUGUCAUUGAGGAUGAGGAGUAUAUGUUGUAUGAUCGGCCAACGCAGAGGACCGGCUUGUUUAGCCGUACGAAACGUUGCGAUGACGAUAAAAAGGAUAAGAAACGUGCAAGAAGUGAGGAGAGGAACAAGAACGUGUCAAAGGAUUUUUCAAUAGCACCAUCUAGAUUGUCACCAUCUCCAAAAGGAGUAAAGAUUGAGAAGUCAAAGGAAAUCGAGACUAACGCAACUGUCGUCAGAAAUGCACAGCUCAAUAACGCAGCCGUGAUUGAACAGAAGCAGGGCAAGAAGCAACACAAGAUACGUAGAAAAUUGCUUAUGGGCGGAUUGAUCAAGAGAAAGAACAGAAGUAUGCCAGAUUUACGAGAAGGACAAGAUGGUCAGGCGAAUGUGAAUGCGGAAGGAUCAUCCAUUUUACCAAAACAGUCAGUAGACGAUUCGAGUCUUGGUCUAAAAGGCAGUGAUGCAAGCCAAUCACUGAGCGGUUAUUUGUCAGAGGGACAUCUGGAAUUCGCCGGAAACAACGGACAUGGGAAUACUAGCAAUCCAAAUCUCGAGAGAAGUCGUUUGAUGAGGAAGAGCUUUCAUGGUAGCGCUGGCAAAGUAUUACAUGUGGCGAAAGUGCCUCCGCCCCCACCGCUCAGGACCACUUCUCAGCUUAGCAAGUCUAAGUGUUCGGGCGAAGUGCACAAUGAGCAACAGACUGAAAAAGCUGCAUAUCCUUUGCCGGAUAAUCGGUGUGCGCCAAAUUUGUCGCAGGAUCAAAACAAUGUUUAUUGGAAUCAUAUGAAUACGAACAAUUCAUCUAAUGUAACAAACAGGACAUCGGAUUAUGCCGAUUACUCCGCGGAAUCACAUUCGCUUCCAUUUCUACCAUCUUAUAAUGAACAGAAUACUAAUAUUCCUGGAGCAUGUCAAACGAAUUAUAACAAUAAGCCUAGGAUUCAGGAUGACGUCGUACAAUAUGCUAACGGCAUACUCUAUGAGCCGACCUUCGUUGUCACUCGCGCAGACGUCCACAAUGAGCAGAGUCCCGCUAAACAACAAUUUCCGCUGGAUUCCUUACCACCUUAUCCCGAAAAUGGUAAUAUUUCACACUCGCGACAACCAAGUGAGGACUUUCCACCACCACCACCAUAUCCAUCAGUAAAUUCAGUGUCACAUUCGAGACAGACCAGUGAGGACUUCCCGCCUCCACCACCACCGAUAGAUGAGCCGACUCAUCUUCAAGAGACUCAACAGCAUCAAGUUUCUGUUCAACAACAUCAAGUUUCCGUUCAACCGCAACAACUUCCACAGCAAAUUGAAGCACAGCAAAUUAGUAAUCUGUUGACGCAAUUACAAAACAAAAGAGAACAGAUAUUAACUGAUGAUUCAAAUAAAGAGAAACGAGCGCAGGAACAUGAGGAUGAGGAGAAGUCUUCGAGCGAAACAUGGUUGAGAGAACUACAAGCUAAACAAGCAGAGAGGAAAAUGAAGAGACAAGGACCUUUAAAUCAAGACAUUCCAAAAGUCAGGACUCCAUCGAUGCCGACGAUUUCAGGACCGACUAUCGCUAGAAGAACCAGUGACUUAAUGAUGAAUAAUCUCGGACAGAGUUAUGAUCAAGGUCGUGAUGUUACGGACUGUCCAAAAGUUGUUUCUUCGGUAAAAGACAUGGCCGCUAGAUUUGAACAAAUUAAGUUACAACCAACCUCGAAGUCAGACACAGAUGUGAAACCUCAAACUAAACAGAAUGUAAAUUGUUCGAUACUAAUACCGGAUAUGCCUCAGGAAACAUCAUCGAUGGAGGCCUCGAAGUCGGCCAAAUUACCUAUUGAGAAUACUGCAAUCUUCACGAAGGUGGAAACUUCAAAUUCCCAAACUGUUUCAAAUUCUAGUUUUGAUUCGAGUUCCAGCCAAAAUAGUUUUAUUACAACGGUACCGCCAAAUGAGUCUGUUCAACAAAGCGAAUUAAACGCCGCGAUGUUAUCCAUGUCCUUGACACUCCCCCAUGAGAAUGGUUUGCCCAUUGAUUGUCCAGAAGAUGAUAUCAGCGAAGUAGCGAUGCAGAACACUAUACAAAACACAACGAUACUGCCAAGUGAGGAGGAUAUUGCUCCACGAAAGGUGAAACGGCGAAUUGGAAAAAAGAAAAGCGUAUCAUUUUGUGAUCAAGUGGUGCUUGUUGCGACAGCGGAAGAUGAUGAAAAGGAUUCGUAUAUACCUAAUCCUAUUUUGGAGAGAGUCCUGCGUUCUGCGAUGAAUAAACCAGAAACUGCUCAAGUAUUACGAGAAAUUAGAAGUCUUCAGGAAGCAGAGACGAAUCGCGAAAAUAGCGUCGCGAAAUUUCAACAACAGACCCUUCCUUUAAAGAGUGAAGCCGAUAGUAUGCCGGCGACACCUUUCCAGGAUCAAUUAAGAAGCGUUAAUCCAAUUCCAGAUACAAUUAAACCUACGUUUGGACGACAGAAUUCAAAUGAUUCGAUUGGAUCACUGACGGAUAAGAAGUCUUGCGGGAAUGAAGGCAAAGAUGUAGUCGAUCGUAAAGAGAUCUACACUGGCAUUCCCAUAAAUACUUCGAAACCGACGUCUUAUUCACCGCAACUGCAACAGCAGAUUAGAUACACUCAGAAUGGAUACACGCAGCAGAAUACUUUGAAUCAAAGACUACCAUCUCAUAAUGCCAGCCCGAUAACUGUUCCGCAUUCGCAGCAGCAAUCAGUAUAUCCGCAGACGCAAGUAUCCUAUCCAAGAAAUCAGAUUAUUCCUUUAUCACAAACUCAGAAGCCAGCUAGCCCUUACCCGACGCAAAUGAAUGGACAAUACAUUCAAAAUGGAAUGCAACAGACGAAAGUAUUACCUCAGAAAAAUGGCUAUGGGACAUAUUAUCAGCAGCAAUUGCACAAUCAAUUGGAGCAGCAGCAUAAUCAAAUGAACAAGCAAGUGACUGUUCAACCGCAGCAGAAUACUCUGAAUCAAAGAAUGCCAUCUCAUAAUGCCAGCCCGAUAACCGUUCAACAUUCGCAGCAGCAAUUUUAUCCGCCUAAUCAAUCGCCGAGUCCAUAUCAAAGUCAAUACUCUCAAAGUUCCUAUCAGGGUCAUCCCUAUCAAACUGUUCUUCCGCAGAAUAGACCCAGUCAACCACCGCAAUAUCAACCACCGUCCAACUCACUUGUGUCCUAUCAGCAGCAGCAGCAACAAAAUAUGCAAAGCUAUCAGCAGAGACAUGACAAUUACCAGCGCCAACUGUCUCAGAAGAUAGAGCAGCAAGGUUCUAAUCAAACGUAUCCGAAGACUCUGCAAAACGGUCAGAUACAGCCGAAUGUGAAGUAUCCGCCUUAUCAGCAUCCUCCUCUUCCCAAACAAAUGCAUUUUGCAAUGUCCACUGCGAAGGUUGUUCCGAUGAUGACGCAACCUCCUUUGCAAACACCAACAGGCAUUGCAACCACCGUCAGAGCACUCGUAACACCUUGUAAUCUCUGUCGAAAGAAAAAUGUGCUUGAACCAGCACUAUAUUGUACGGAUUGCGAUUUUUACAUGUCUCGUUUCCGACCGACUAAUAAAGCUACUUGAGUUGUUCUGUACGACGACAAUUAAAACCGGUUUACCGGUUUCAUUGAAUCUUAAUACUUUCUGAUGAAAAAGUAGCAUUGUUCUAUUCGCGUGAUGAAUUAAUUAAUAACCAACAACUAACAACAAGUAUCAACAAUUAAGUAACAAGUUACUGAUAUAUUUCACGAAAGAUUGAUGUAUUUCUGAAAUAUUUGUAUUUUCUACAAACUCAUUUCUACAAUUGAAAUAAUCUGCAAUUGCUAGAAACAGCUCUAAAAACAGCUUAUUUCUUGCGUACAAUUUAAUAAAUUUUUACAUAGGCACGUCGAAAAAUUAAAAUAUAAAAUUGAAUAUAUAUUGUAUAUCCGAUAGUUUUAAAUGACUUAAAUGAUAUUUGAUGAAGUACUGAAAUAUAAAUAUUAAUUAUAUUAUUGUGUAUAAAUAUUAGAGGAGUUGAUUGAUCGGAGACCCUCAUUGUGCAGCUAUUAGUUAUUCUCGUGUAUAAUUUUAUUAACAUAACAUUUUUUAUAAUUUAUUUUUAAAAAAUUGUACUUAAUUAUACAAUUUUAGAUAUAUUUUGAUAUGUUUAAUAAUCUAGGUUUUAUAAAUUAGGUAUUAUUGUAACAUGCGUAAAUUCUAACACAACAUUAAAUCAUUUGCUAAAUAUAUUUGUACCCGAAUUUUAAAAUAAUUGACCAAUGUAUUUAAAUUGCGGCGUACAUAUCUGCAGUACAUUUUUAUUUGUAUAUAAUUAUACACAAUCACGUUUUCUUAUAAGAUCAGCACAACCAAUUCAUUUUGUAAGUUAUAAUUGAGCGAACUAGAUUUUCCGUUUAUGUAAUUGCAUAUUCUAUUUUAUUGCGAAAAUAAGAAGUUGAGAAUUGUGAUACUAGCCAUGUUAUAUAUAGAACUUAUCUCAUUAGGAUAGAAACUGUAUUGCAAAGUAUGAGAGAAGAAUUAAGAAACAGGUAAAACUUGAUCUCUGAGAAUGCGUGAAGUCUAUUUUAUGUUAACAAUUUUAAAGUUACGUUUCGUAUAUUAACAUACAUUGCGUUACAUUAUAUUUUAGAUAUUUUAGAUUUUUUAGAUAUUUUUAAGCGCUAUCAAUGUACAAAUAUUCGAUUUUAUACUUUUUGUAUGAGUAUUUUGUUUUAAAAAUACUUUACUUUCAUUGACAUUAAUAAAGUCCCCUUAUAAUAUUA